GUAGCGCCCUCUGUUUAUUAUGACCAUAACAACAAGGCACUGAAAAGCUUGACAAGUUGGUGAUUGGAUGAGUAGUUAUUAUACAUCAUCAUGACAGCAGUCACAAAGGCACCAGAGGUGGCGAGCACUAUUGAACAUCUGCAGGAAUUGGGUGAUCGGAUGAGAUCAACGCAGUACUCAUUUCAAGACAGUGAUGAAGAAAUAUUGCAUAAUAUCUCACAAGCGAUUAAAGAUUUGGAUAAUGAACGUGUAAAGGUUCACAAUUUACUCGAGACGGAGACUAUAGCUGCUAGCUUGCUGAGAAAUAAGUUGCAGUUUUUCCCGGAAGAAAUUAAGAAGGAGAUAACCGAUGCUGUGGAAUCUGCAAGGUUUUCUAAUGCUGAAGAACUCAAAAGUCUACAGGAUGAGCUUAAGAGUUUGAAUGAUAGCAUUGUCUUUCUUGAAGACAAACAGAAAAAACUGAGCAAAGAAAAUGCUAUUCUCCAUCCAGAACGUGACAUGGUACGUCAACAACAUGAAGAAGUUAUUUCUCAACUUAACCAGCGAAUGGCAGACAAGGCUAGUAAACAGAUCACACUGAAUGAAACAAGAGACCAAUUGAGAGAUACGAAUCAGAAGAUCGUUGACCUCGAGACGGGGAUUAUUAUCCUAAGGGAAGACAUGAUACAAGAACGAGCUGAUGCCAGGCAGGAGAAAAAGAGGCUGAAACAAGCUGUGCAUGACACAACGAAAAGAACCAAGAAGCAAAAAGAAGCAAACAUUGCCAAGAAGAAAGAAUUAGAUCACCUGCAAGAUGAGCUUCAGAUAAGUGAAAGCCAGUUGUCAGAUAUACGUAAGAGCAUAAGGCGAUACGAAACAUCUCGAGCACGCUUGGAAGAUCAAGAAAAUACUUUUUUAGAGCAAUUAAGCAAUGAACUGAAAGAAAACAAAGAACUGGUUCAGAAAGGAGAAGAUCUUGCUGCUAUGCAGUUGAAAUUAACUAACAGAUAUGAGAGCAAGAAAAUAGAACAUGAUGUAAACAUGGCACAGCUCCAAUCUGAAAUUGCCCAAACAAAAGUUGGUUAUGACAAACUGAAUGAAGAAUGGGAUGACCUUCGAGUAGAUGAGGCAACAGCUGGUGAUAUUCUAAAGCGAGAGGGCCUCAAAGUUAAGGAGCUUGAUGAUGCAUUACAAAGUAAGAAAUCUGAAUUGAUGGAGAAAGCAAAUCAGACAGCAAGAAUGAAGCAAGAGAAUGACAUGAUGGAGUCACAAAUGGAACAAUUAGAUGAGAACCAUCAAAUAACAGUUCAGCUUCUAGAAAAACAAAUUGGCGUUUUCCGCAGCCAGUUGGCAAAGGAGAGGAAAGAACGUUUUGAACUUCAGGAAAAACGGGAUGCUCUUAGCCGUGAUAUGGAGGAAUUUCGAUCCAAUUUCAACAACUUUAUGAGCAAUGUUAAUCAGAGGAUAGCCAAAGCAAAGACAGAUCACAUGGAUCUGACAAAUGAGGGCAUUCAGCUCCGCAAAGACAUCAAGCAGGAUGACAUUGAUACGAAAGGCUUGAACUCUGAGUUACAAAAGUCUGAUAAGUCCUUUGGCCAGAUGAAGUCAACACUUGAGACGACAAUAAACAAAUUAGAGUGUGAAAUUGCCGAACUAGACAAACAACUAAGUGAAAAAAUUCAUGAAAUAAAAGAAAAGACACCAGCUUAUGAAGAACUGGAAAACCUUCAUGACGAGAAGUUGAAGGAUUACGAGGAUAAAAAGAAGAACAUUGUCAGAAGUAUCCAUGAACUAAAUGCAAGAUUCACCUACAUGGUUGGUUUAUAGCAAUUUUUAAACCAC